CCGCCUCGGCCGGGACCAUUAGUUAUUCACCUUGACAAACGACCUAUCACCCCGGUGGUUGUGUGUUGUUCAACAAUCUCGCGUGAAUCCCCCAAUGCGGCUUGGUGACUCAGAUCGAAGGAGCACGGACCAAUCAUAGUUACCUGGCCCUUUAAAUACAGCCCACGCCCUGCGUCUCUGUCACAUGCUUCUGCCUCUGCUGUGCGCUUUUGUCACUCUUCUCGCUUGACCCUCUCACUCAGUAGCCAUUAUGGAUCGGGGCCUCUCAACAGGCACUCACCUCGAGGAUGACGGGCUUCGCGAGAGGAUUCAGUCCUCUCAGUCCCAGUCAUCCCUCGGCACCGGGGCACUCACUGCUGCUGGUGAGGUCGAAGCCAAGGACAGUGCGAACAAAGACAAGAAGACCUUUGGCCGGACCCCUGACGGUACAGUGUUCACGGUGCCUCAAACCCACGACAUGGUCUCUCAACUCCUGUCGCCUUCGGAACCUAAGAAUUUAUCCGAUGUUAUAGUUCUGGCAAUACUGGGAGCCCACAUCCUUUUGCUGUGGUGGCUCCCGGUUGGUGCUAAAAUCCCAGUGUUUGCAGCCAUCUACCUCUUCUGGCGUGCAGCUUACAAUGCUGGAAUAGGAUGGCUUCUUCAUAACCAAUCUCACCACAAGACUCUGGUUCGCUGGGCGGAAAAAACAAAGAUCUUCGUGAAUCCGUCUACUAACGAGAACCCGCACCCUCACUUGUAUAAACUACUCAAGCGGGAACUGGAGACUAAAAUUCCUACUGACUAUUCGUUUGAAGAAGCUCCGCUGGAGUACAACACCUGGCUGGUCUUUAGGCGUCUGGUGGAUCUGAUCCUGAUGUGCGACUUCACAUCAUAUUGUCUCUUUGCGAUAGCAUGUAGCCACCAUCCCAUGGGUGAGAGCAUGCUGAUGACGAUAUUGCGUUGGUCAGCUGGCAUUGUGCUGGUGCUAUUCAACCUUUGGGUCAAACUAGACGCACACCGUGUGGUCAAAGACUAUGCUUGGUACUGGGGAGACUUUUUCUACCUCAUCGACCAAGAGUUGACGUUCGAUGGCGUCUUCGAAAUGGCCCCCCACCCCAUGUACUCGGUCGGGUACGCCGGUUAUUACGGUAUCUCUUUGAUGGCAGCCAGUUACAAGGUGCUAUUCAUCUCCAUAAUCGCCCAUGCAGCUCAAUUCGCCUUUCUGGUGCUUGUCGAAAACCCGCAUAUCGACAAGACGUACAAUCCUCCUCCACCGCGGAAGCGUAUGACGGAACAAGACUCUGUAUCUGCAUCAUCUCCGGCCACCGAGCCUUCCGUUGCUUCGGCAUCGGUCGAUGAUCAACUGCCCCAAGCGACAAUGUACCCAAGCAACCCGCCUCCCUCGGUCCACGACUUGCUGGGAUUCAACAACUUGGAUUUGUAUCGGACAACAGAUACCUCCUCGAUGUUGGUCCAGUUCCUCGUAUUCGCACUUACUGUGCUGACACCCUCGACGCCACGAUACCAGCUCCUGUUUGUGGUCAAUGCUGCAGUCUGGAGACUUUGGUUCUCGAUCGGUAUCGGGUAUCUCCUGAACGAUCAAUCCAACUGUAAAGCGUGGACCCGGCAUUUUCUUAAGUAUGGCGAGACUCCGAGCGAGGCAUGGAAACAGUGGAAAGGCACCUAUCAUCUAAGCAUGAUUAUGUGCUAUGCUAGUUUCAUCGCUGCCGUGUGGAAAAUGUACACGUUCCCCGCUGACUGGGGCUACGGUCUGGUCUUGCUCCGCCAUGUCCUGGGUGCCGGGCUCAUUAGCCUGCAGAUCUGGACCUCUGCCAGCAUCUAUGAGUCGCUCGGGGAGUUCGGCUGGUUCUAUGGUGACUUUUUCUUCGACGGAGCCCAUAAGUUAACGUACAACGGGAUUUAUCGCUUCUUGAACAACCCUGAACGUGUGCUGGGAUUGGCCGGCGUCUGGGGCGCGGUCUUGAUCACUAGUAGUGGAGCUAUCACGUUUCUGGCCCUUCUGAGCCACAUCCUUAGCCUGGCUUUCAUCCAAUUCGUCGAGCGUCCUCACAUGCAGAAGCUCUAUGGCCGGAGCCUGCGACAGGAUGCGGGGCUGGUCAAGAGCCUGAAGCGAACCCUACCUCCUACUCUCCGACAGCUCCAUGGAAGCGUCGACAAGAUCUUCGAUGAUUCUUUUGAGUUCAUCGAGGAUCUUAUCGAUACCGCACGCCCACGACUGGCUUCUGGCGUCACUACCUUUGUCAAAGAUACAACUGCACUAUUCCAGAAGUACCCCGCUCGUGUAACCAUCUCCCGAAUUGACGAGGACCUUGCUGGAUUUGAUUCACGGGACUAUAGCUUGGAAGUUGAGGGCACUGAUUCAUCCUCCUCUCUCGAUGAGUGCAGCAAGAGCAACGGUAGAGAAGGUGCCAAUGCCCGCGUGCCUCUUGACAGACGCGGAGACUUGAAAAACCUGGUCUUCGAGUACGGCUCGCCGAUCAAGGUCAAAUGGACAGCCCCUCUUAAUCACUGCAAGAAGGACUGGAUCGGCCUGUACCGCGUUACUGAUAAUACGUCUCGGGAGGUCUCGCGGGUCUCUUCUCAAGCCAGAUGGGUCGCAGUGAACGAGGGUGUUUAUGACAACUUGACCUGCGAGAAGGGCAUCGUGACCAGUGAUAUCGUGGCCAAAACUGAGGAGAAUCGCGAUGUUGCUACCGGCGAAGUCAUCUUCGCUGGGGAUAAGCUCUUCUGGACUCAGGGCGUCUUUGAAUUCCGCUACCACCAUAACGGCAAGCACAAUGUGAUGGCAAUUUCGAGGCCUUUUGAAAUUCGCAUCAGCCGAUUCGACGAAGAACCUUUCGAAGACAACCAGAUGUCUGUCGAAAAGAGCCUGCUCACGGUUGUCCGCAACUGCUUUGACCGCGACCCCGAAAUUGCCCCCGAAACAGCCGAAGAGCAAUUUGGAAGCCUGGUAGAAAGAGACGGUAAAUUCGCCAAAAGAGUUGUCUUCGCCGUGCAUCAGAUGUUCGGUAUUGAAUUCGCUCCCGAAGUUGUCCGAGCCGAUGGUACCGUUCGCAACCUGGCUUGGAGGAUUUGCAAUGCGAAGAGGGUUCUCGCUCCGUACAGCAUGACCAGAGAUGGUGCUACAACUCCCACUGAAAGACAUGAGGAGAAGGUAGAGGCGUAAUGGUAUCUAUUAACGCUGGAAUGAUGGAUGAUAAUUGCAGUCUUUCAUGCUUACUUACAUUUAUUCGCGGCUCGACUCCUAAUAGCAGAGGAUGCGUCCCGGGAGUGAUGGACUUGUGCUGUCGCAGCUGCAUGGUGAUUCGAAAAAGUGAAAAUAAAAAAGGGUUGAGAGAUGAGCAUGAUCUUCAAGUGUACAUAGCCUUUACAGUACAUAUGCCUUUCCUUGGGUUCUACAGGGGUUAGGGAUGGGUUACAGAUGGAUUACGACACACGAAGAUCAAUAUUAAAUGGAAAUAAUGUUAUUG